AUGCUCAUUUUAGCUGAAAUCCAGCACUGCCUGGUUAAUGCUGGCGAUGUGGGAUGUGGAGUGUUUGAAUGCUUUGAAAACAAUUCUUGUGAGAUCCGAGGCUUACAUGAGAUCUGCAUGACGUUCCUGCACAACGCUGGAAAAUUUGAUGCCCAGGGAAAAUCCUUCAUUAAAGAUGCUCUGAAGUGUAAGGCUCAUGCCUUGAGGCAUAAAUUCAGCUGCAUCAGCCGUAAGUGCCCUGCCAUUAAAGAGAUGGUGUUCCAGUUACAGCGGGAGUGCUACCUGAAGCACGACCUCUGCUCCGCCGCCAAGGAGAACGUCCAGGUCAUUGUGGAGAUGAUUCACUUCAAAGACCUGCUGCAGCACGAGCCCUAUGUUGACCUAGUGAAUAUCCUGCUCACUUGUGGUGAGGAGGUGAAAAAGGCAAUAACUAGAAGCGUCCAGGCCCAGUGUGAACAGAACUGGGGAAGCCUCUGCUCUAUCCUGAGCUUCUGCACCUCCGCUGUGCACGGAGACUCCAUCCUGAGUGCGGAGAAGAAGGCGGGCGAAGGCAGCAGGGCGGCCGCCGGCCGCGGGGACAUGCUGGCCCACUCCGAAUCCGACCACCGGGAGAGCUCGCGAGCGCCCAAGGGGGAGAGAGGUACCAAGGGCCACCUGAACGCCCAUGCCCGGGGAAAAGCCGGGGCCCACAGUCCCAAAGGGGCGCACGGGAUCAUGGACCGGGCAGACGAACUGUCCGACUUCUCUGACAUCCGGAGGUGAAAAAAGGCACCAACCUCCCCUCAAGCCCCUUCCUCCCCCUCCACUGGAAGCGUCCUCCGUUGAGUCCAUCUCCCUGUCUAUGGACAUUCCAAAGCAUUUCCCAUUCAGAGGUCACACGCAGGGCAUUGCAAGAUAUUUGGACCUCAGCAACAUGUAUAUAGUAGCAAAGGGAGAGCAGUGGCAAUGGGUUAUUGAUCCAGCAAACUCAACACUUGAGUAGCCACCGAACAUGGCAAAAUGUCUCCAAGUAAAUUCUUUCCCCUUUUUACAAAAUGGAUGUUGGUUGAAAUUCAGGAUCUUGUUUUGAGGUUGUUGGGUUGUUUGUGGGGGUGUUUUCUCUUGGUUCCCUUAGCUGGGGAGGAGGUUACAGGAGGGCUCUGCCAGGUUGUGUUUGGCCACACGUGGCUUCCCACCCCUGAAGGUUUAGGGUGCAGUCUGAAAGCAGAUGGCCAAAUCCCAAAGGAAUUUGGUUUCUGCCUGUGGCUGAGGACAGAAGAGUUCAAGG